UCCCACAAUACCAGGCGGGAGGGCGGGUAGGCGAUUUGUAUCCGGGCUGAGAGGUGCUCCGAGCCGCCGCGGCUCCCGCUGCCUCUGUCUCUUUAACGCGAGAGGAAGCGAUGCAGAGGGGUGGAAAAUGGCAGAGCUGCAGAUGUUACUAGAGGAGGAGAUCCCGUCUGGCAAGCGGGCGCUGAUAGAGAGUUACCAGAACCUGACCCGGGUCGCGGACUACUGUGAGAACAACUACAUACAGGCUACAGAUAAGAGAAAAGCUUUAGAAGAGACCAAAGCCUACACAACCCAAUCCCUAGCUAGUGUUGCAUAUCAAAUAAAUGCAUUGGCCAACAAUGUACUCCAGUUGCUGGACAUCCAGGCCUCUCAGCUCCGGAGAAUGGAGUCAUCCAUCAAUCAUAUCUCACAGACUGUGGAUAUUCAUAAAGAGAAAGUGGCUCGAAGAGAGAUUGGUAUAUUGACAACAAAUAAGAAUACAUCCAGAACUCACAAAAUAAUAGCACCUGCAAAUAUGGAGCGCCCUGUAAGGUAUAUUCGGAAACCUAUUGACUAUACAGUUCUGGAUGAUGUGGGCCAUGGUGUCAAGUGGCUAAAAGCCAAGCAUGGAAAUAACCAGCCUGGAAGAACUGGCACAUUGUCGAGAACAAAUCCUCCUACUCAGAAACCACCGAGUCCUCCCAUGUCAGGUCGGGGAACAUUGGGACGGAAUACUCCUUAUAAAACCCUGGAGCCUGUUAAACCCCCAACAGUUCCUAAUGACUACAUGACAAGUCCUGCUAGACUUGGAAGUCAGCAUAGUCCAGGCAGGACAGCUUCUUUAAAUCAGAGACCGAGGACACACAGCGGAAGUAGUGGAGGAAGUGGAAGUCGAGAAAAUAGUGGAAGCAGCAGUAUUGGCAUUCCCAUUGCCGUGCCUACACCUUCACCACCCACUAUUGGACCAGAAAACAUUUCUGUCCCUCCUCCUUCUGGAGCUCCACCAGCACCACCUCUUCCACCACUUCUCCCAGUGAGCACUGUGAUAGCAGCCCCGGGCUCAGCUCCUGGUUCCCAGUAUGGCACAAUGACCAGGCAGAUUUCUCGACACAACUCUACCACUUCUUCAACAUCUUCUGGUGGAUACAGACGAACUCCCUCUGUGACUGCUCAGUUUUCUGCUCAGCCUCAUGUUAAUGGAGGUCCACUUUAUUCUCAAAAUUCAAUUUCUAUUGCUCCACCCCCUCCCCCUAUGCCUCAGUUGACUCCACAGAUACCUCUCACAGGCUUCGUGGCCAGGGUGCAGGAAAACAUUGCUGAUAGUCCAACUCCCCCCCCACCACCUCCACCAGAUGACAUUCCUAUGUUUGAUGACUCUCCACCACCGCCGCCGCCACCUCCAGUGGACUAUGAAGAUGAGGAGGCUGCAGUAGUUCAGUAUAAUGAUCCAUAUGCAGAUGGGGAUCCUGCUUGGGCCCCCAAGAAUUAUAUUGAGAAAGUUGUGGCAAUAUAUGAUUAUACAAAAGACAAGGAUGAUGAGCUAUCAUUUAUGGAGGGUGCAAUCAUUUAUGUUAUAAAGAAGAAUGACGAUGGCUGGUAUGAAGGAGUCUGCAAUCGAGUGACUGGUUUGUUCCCUGGGAACUAUGUUGAGUCAAUCAUGCACUAUACUGAUUAAAUUUUUUGCUUCUAAAGUAGGUUCUUAUUCUUACUCAGUCAUACUGUGGGACUAUCAUGGUUAACAGAAUUGUCUUAAAAUGUUCCCAUAUUUCAGGACAUGCUGUUUUACUGGUAUAAUUGAAUGUCUACCUGUAAGCAUAAAUCUUUGAGGCAGUUUGUGUAUUGCUCAAUAGCAAUUUUUUUACAAGAUGCUGUCCAUAAUUGAUUAUGCUUAUAUACUUACACAUUGUUAACUUUAUGACCAGCCUAAAUAUUCUGGGGUAUGGGGUAUAAUAUUUAACAAAUCAUGAUUCAGAUUGUACCAUAACAUGUUUCAGUGCAGCAUGAUUAACGCUAUGUCAGACUAAUAUUAAAAUCAGAAAACUUAAAUGCUGGUGCUGGUCAUACUUUUUGUUUAGAUUCUCAUUCUUGAAAUAAACUGUUUAAAGCAUGCAUACAAAUUCAUGUAUUGAAGUAUACUUUAAAAAAUCCAAGAUGCUUCCAAUUUGUGUACUGUUUACAUGGAGCACUUAAGUCUCGAAAUGAGUUGGGUCUCUUAAGGUCUCUAUGUGAAACUAAACAAACCAAAAAAAGGGUUAUUUGAAAUGUUGUAAUUUGUACCUGAGUUUUUUAAUGAGUGAAUUUACAUUAUACGUUUUUUCCAUUCAUAAAUACAUAAGUGAACCAAAGGUUUUUGUCUUUUUCCUUUACUGGUUUGCUUUAAAAAACAAAACAAAUAAAAGAUACUCAUUUAUUACAGAAUUAUGGUUCUACUUUCCCAAUAUAUUAACUUUGAAAAACACUUUAGCCUUAUUUCAAUCUGUCCCAACAGUAACAUGUGAUUUUCAUGAUUUACAAUCUGAGAUGGUUAUUAACAAGUCAAUCUACUGAAUCCCUUUUCUAAAGUAACUUUUUCAAAGCUAAGAACAUGUGUCAAAGUGCACAUUCUAUAGGUAAAAUUUGUAAGGAUUGCUACCCUUAAACAAGGCUUCAGUUUUUCAAUGAGCUGUUAUAUUACCGGUCCAGUGAAAGGAAAUUAUAAGUAUCUUUUACAUACUGUUUUUGUAGAAGUGGAUGCAGUUGAUUUUUAAAUAGGCACUAUUUAGUCCAUUACCUGACACUAGCAGCAACAUAACGAUUUUUAAAACAUUUGGGAAAAAAAGAUUGGUCAUAUGUUAAAUCAGUGAACAGGGAUAUAUACCUGACCAACAGAUUUGUAUUGUCUUUUGAUAUAAUUGAAAUGCAACACAUGCACUUUGUGUGUCUCCUCUUAAUUUAAGGGAGGGUUUGAGGGAUGUUUUCUCUUCUUAUUUUGUGUAUAAUUCUAUACUGCCUAGGAUUUUAAAGUAGAGCACUCAACUGUGGGUUUCUGUGUAUCGAGGAUUUGUUUGGAUUUCAAAUUAUAGUUAUGUACUGGGUGUUACAGAUUUGUAACAGCAUAGUAAAUGUUAAGACUAGUGCAAAACAUUUCUGAAAAUUAAAACCAUUAUUGCUACCAAAUGAAUGUGACUGUUGCAUACGCAUUUUGCUUUUGUUAAUCUUCAGACAUGCUUUUAGUAUCACUAGUGACCAGGUGGCUUUUAGUAUCACUUUUCUCGGUGGAAUGUUCUUAAUCUUGUAUAUAACCUAUUGUCUAAAUUUCAUGUACAGUCUUUUAUAAUAAACCAUUCUCCUAUAUGAAA